AAAUCCCAUCAUGCUUUGCUGUGCCCGCCGACCCAACGCGAGGCUAACUGGCGUUAGCUACCGGGGAGCGGACAUGUUGUUCCGUCCUUUCCUGGAAUAAACAUCGUUUUGACCAGGGUUUCGGGAGUUAAGGGAGAAGCCAGGUGCAUCUGGCAAUCAUGGAGGCCGUGAACGCCUUUAACCAGGAGUUAUUCUCCUUGAUGGACUCCAAGCCUCCUAUAUCUCGAGCAAAGAUGAUCUCCAUCACCAAAUCAGCCAUAAAAGCUAUGAAACUCUACAAACACGUGGUCCAGAUUGUGGAAAAGUUUAUCAAAAAGUGUAAGCCCGAGUAUAAAGUUGCUGGCUUGUAUGUGGUUGAUUCCAUUGUGAGGCAGUCCAGGCACCAGUUCGGACCAGACAAAGACGUGUUUGGUCCGAGGUUCACCAAAAAUAUCACAGGAACCUUCGAGAACCUUUGUCUCUGUCCCAUAGAGGACCGGAGUAAGAUUGUGCGGGUUUUGAACCUGUGGCAGAAGAACGGAGUGUUUAAGAUUGAGGUUAUUCAGCCGCUCUUGGAUAUGGCUGCAGGUUCUGGCAGUGGUGCUGCUUCCAUCACACACACAGAAGAGCCAGGUUCACCACCAUCUCCAGCCAAAGAGCCUGUUACCGUAGUAACAGCCAACUCCACCUCAACAACCGCUCCUCCACUACACAACUCUGACGCCUUUGCUGCCGUAGCACAGCUCUUCCAGUCUUCGCAGGGCCAGCAGCUCCAGCAGAUGCUCCAGAACUUUCAGCAGCAGGCGGUUAAGCCUGAAACCAACACUCAGCCUCUUCUGCCGACCGCUCAAAUGCCGGUUCAAAGCGCGCCUACUGGCCUGGUUGCUGCUCAGCCUCACCUCUCCUCGCCUCAGCCUCCUCCACCCGUCCACUCCACCCAGCCGGUCCAGCAAAAGACCGCUUUUGACAAGAAGUUGCUGGAUCGUUUUGACUACGAUGAUGAACCAGAAGCUGGAGAGGAAACUAAAAAGGAUGAACCCUCCUCCCAGCCCCCUUUUAUGCAACAACCUCCAGCCUUUCCUCAGCACCUGGAGCACUUUAAUACACAGAUGAUGAAUCUCUCACAGGACAUCACACAGCAGGUUUCGGUGCCUCCUAACGGCCAGCUGCAGGCUGGUGUUGUUCUGCCAGGACAAGGCUACCCUGUUACUAUGCCAACGAUGGGGCACACUCUUCCAGGGCACCACAUUCCUGGUUCAACUGGGCUUCCAGGCUUCCCAGGGAUAUACCCUCCUCAAAACGCUGCCCAGCAACAACAGGACUCCUCAGUGGAUAUGGACCAUUCUUCAAUGAGAGAUGGCCGGCAUGGUCGACGGUCACACUCAGGCUCAAGAUCUCCAAAGAGGAGAAGGUCUCGGUCCAGUUCCCGCUCCCGACGGUCCAGGCACAGACGAUCUCGCUCCCGCUCCAGAGAUCGUCGCCACCACUCGCCUCGCUCUCGCUCACAGGAGCGCCGGGAGAGAGAGAGAGAAAGAGAACGGCGGCAGAAAGGCCUGCCGCCGCCCAAGAGCGAAACUCUAAGUAUUUGUAGUACUACACUCUGGGUGGGUCAACUGGACAAGAGAACUCAACAGCAAGACGUCGCCUCGUUGCUUGAAGAGUUUGGACAGAUUGAAUCUAUAAAUAUGAUUCCUCCAAGAGGCUGUGCUUACAUUGUCAUGAUACACAGGCAAGAUGCUUACAGAGCACUGCAGAAACUCAGUAGAGGAUCGUCAAAAGUUAACCAGAAAGCAAUUAAGAUUGCUUGGGCUUUGAACAAGGGUAUAAAGCCUGAUUUUAAACAGUACUGGGAUGUGGAGCUGGGUGUCACCUACGUACCCUGGUCUAAAAUCAGAGAGGACCAGUUAGAGGAGCUGAAGGAGGGAGGAAUGCUAGAUAUGGAUACCUUAUCACCAGACUGGAGCAGCAUGAGAAAGACCUUCGACCACCUUGAGGAACCCACACACAAUGGCCGUUCUGAGCAACAGCAGCCUGAGGAGGCACAAGUCUUACCGAUGGCUGUUGCAGCUUCUCAUCCUGUACAAGUCCCUUCAUUGCAACAGCCAAUGGUUGCUAUGGGUUCCCUUCAACCUCCGGUUUUUCCUGGUCCCAUUGGGAUGCCUCCACCUGGCUUUGCUCCAGGCAUUCCCCUUCCUCCUUUCAUCAGACCUGGCUUCAACCCGUUGCAAAUGCCCCCAGGUUUUCCUGCCUCGGGACCUAUGCCCCUCGGUCCAAUACCUCCUUCCAAAGGUGGCGUUGAUGACCCGCCUCAAGACCCAGCAGGUCAGGGCGCCAAGAAAAAUGAUGAGGUCCUGGAGGGUCCAAACUUAUUUAACCACCAAAUGGGGCACAUGGGACCUCCAGGAGGUUUUCCAGGUGGACCUCUAACUAAUUCUACUGGUGGUCACCCCGUUGGUCUUCUUGUAGGACAUCCCGGUGGUCCCCCGGUUAGACAUCCCGGCGGUCCUCCGGUCGGACAUCCCGGCGGUCCUCCGGUCGGACAUCCCGGCGGUCCUCUGGUCGGACAUCCCAGCGGACCCCCGGUCGGACAUCCCGGCGGUCCCCCAGCCGGACAUCCCGGCGGUCCCCCAGCCGGACAUCCCGGCGGUCCCCCAGCCGGACAUCCCGGCGGUCCCCCAGCCGGACAUCCCGGCGGUCCCCCAGCCGGACAUCCCGGCGGUCCCCCAGUUGGACAUCCCGGCUGUCCCCUAGUCGGACAUCCCGGCGGACCCCAAGUCGGACAUUCUGGCGGGCCCCAAGUCGGACCUCCAGGUCCAGGUGGACACCCUGGAAACAUCCAGUCCCCUCUUGGGGGUCUACUAGGUGCCCGACCUGGUAUGAUGCCACUCCAGCGCCCCCAGGGUCCACCGCCAUCACACAUGCAACGUUUCCCUCCACCCCAAGGGCAAAGACCACCUCACCCCAACGUGCCCCCUGGCCCGCCACAGAUGAUACCCAGGGGGCCACAUCCUCAAAUGAUGCGCCACGAGCCGCCACAACCUAAAGGAGGAUUUGGAAUGCCCCCUCCACAUAAUAUGAGAGGUCCCUUCCCUCGAGGACAUGGCCCGCCCCCUCAAGGUCCUGCCCCGUUUACAAGACCAGGUGGUCCUAGAAGCUUCGAAGGGCAGGAGGAAAUGGAUGAGAGACCACUCAGGGGUGACAGGCCAGGAUUCAGGGAUCGAGAACAGGAGAGGGACAGAGACUGGGAUCGAGACAGAGACAGAGAGAGGGACAGAGGGUUUGGAGGGGGAAGGCGUUUUGGUGAUGGAGGCAGAGGAGGGGGUAGUGACAAAAUGGAUGGGCGGGACAGGCUCGGAGGUUGGCAGGAAGAUGUAGGGAAUUCCCGUGGGGGCGGAUGGGAGAGAGACAGAGACCGAGAUCGGGACAGAGAUAGACGGGACUGGAGAGAGAGGCGAGGCAGCCUUGAUAGAGACAGAGAUCGAGGCCGCAGUGACGAUGGGGAGAGAGAUCGAGGCAGAGCGGAGGGAGGAGAAAGAAGCAGAGGAGAAGGAGGCAGCCGGGACAAAACCAGAGCGCCUGAAGUCAAAGCAGACAAACCGAGACGGUCGGAGCGACGAGAGAGGACGUCGCGGUGGGAUAAAGACGAUCGACUGGCCGAACUGGAAAACAUGGACAAAUUCCGGAGCUCUAACAGCACGGAGCAACCGGGUGGGACUCCUCUAGUUACGGUGGAAACCAGGAAAGAGCCAAAUGGGGAAGCCACUAAAAAGAAGGAAGAGUCAGAACAUUUACUCGCCGGACCGAUUCCAGCUGCUGAAAAUCCCCAAUCCUCCGAGUCUAAAGAGCCGGCUCAAAAUGAGUCCACAGCAACAAAAGAAGAAAAAGAUGCUGCAGCAUCAUAGACCUUCAACCUGUGACUGCUGUGAAUGAGAGAAACUCCAAAAAACGUUUUGUUCACUGUAAUAGCCUCAGUUCUAACUAGUGACUGUUCGUCAGAUGAUCGUUGACAGUUCCUGGGCGGUAGCACAUCUCCCACCACAUUGUCAAGCAAAUGAAACCAGAUCUGUUGAAACAUCACAUUAUGAGUAUAAUCUGGCCUGGCGUUUUGGUUUCAUUUUGAUCAAUAGUUAGAUAUUUACUUGUUUUUUUAUUAAAAUAGUUUGUAUACAGAUGGGGGAGAUUAUUGUUGUCCCACUUUUACUCAUACUCUCAUGUCAUCACCUUGAGGAAGGAGCUUCUCAACAACAAAUUAGUUCUGUUAUGGAUUCACUUUUAAAAUCUGCAACACUGAAAACAGUCUAAAUUGAAUGUAUUGUAAUGGUGGUUUCAAUCUUUCCUCCUUAUCACUGCUUAUGACGUUAUUACCACCAAAAGACAGAAUCUAAUGAUUUUAUGAAUUAACUAGCUCAAAGGAUUUUAUUUCUAAGGAAACAAAUGUGCAUUUGAUGACAUUACCGCAAGAGUGUUUCUUUUAUUUUGUUUACUUUUAAGGCAAAAGCAAGGAAAAUGUGACUAAUCAGAGAAAUACACGAUGUAAAAAAUUAAGAUGUUCAUUUUUUAGAUAUUCAAGAAUAUAAUCUAAUGCUACAUAAAUGAACAAUGACCAUGAUUCAGCUAGGAUAUUUCCAUUAAAAAUAGUUUCCAGAACUGGAACUAUGAACAACAACUAUUAAAAAAUGUCAGAAAAAAGAAAACAGUUUGAUUUGUCAAAAAGACAAAAUUUUGUCAAAAAUGUUGAUACAUUUUGGAUACUUUGGUGGUCAAAUAUUAAAUGUUUGCAAGUUAAAUGUCAUAGGAAACAUAAGGAUGCCUAAUUUUUCCCCUCUAAGUUCACACAUUUUCAGCUGCUAUUUUUAAUUUUUAUAAACAAAUGGCUAAAAACACAGGUUUGGUUUCAAUCUGUAAAAAAAGAGACAAUUUUGAUUUGUGAGAAAUUUAAAACAAAGAUGUUUGCUAUCAAUGUUAAAAGAAGACUAAAGAAAAUUGUUGAAUUACCUCAC